AUGGCUAAGCAUUUAGAGGAGGUGAUAACUUGGAGUCAAAGUGCUUUUGUGAAGGGGAUAAGUAUCUUAGACAACACUCUUGUGGCACAAGAGCUUGUUAAGGGCUAUGGUAGAACUACCCUUCUCCUUGAUAUUCUCGGUAGCUUUGAAUGGGGGGUUGUUGGAUAUUUUGAAGGGGCUAGGGCGAUCAGGCAAAGGGAUCCUCUCUCCCCUAUUUUGUUUGUGCUGGUAACGAAUGUUCUUUCGUAUAUAUUGGAUGCUGCUGCUAGUCAUGGGCUGUUUCAAUUUCAUCCAAAGUGUCAUCGUAUAAAGCUCAUACACUUUUGUUUUGUUGAUGAUCUUCUAAUCUUCUCCAAAGGCAACUAUGAUUAUGUUAUGGGCAUUUGGAUUGUGUUGCAAGAAUUUUAUGUUUAUCUUGGGCUUGCUUUUAAUGCAUCUAAGAGUGAAAUUUUUUCUACUGGAAUUGCUAGGGAGGAAUUGCAGCUUAUCGUGGAAAAAGAUGAUCAAAAGGCGGGUCAUCUUCCUGUGAGGUAUUUAGGCAUUCCUCUUGUCACCAGGAAGCUUUCGAUUGCUGAUUGCAAGCCGUUGAUGGACAAGAUUGAGGAUAGGUUUCAGACUUGGGCUGCUCGACAUCUGUCUUAUGCAGGAAGAAUGCAACUUAUUCAAGCUGUUAUUUUCAGUAUUCAGAAUUAUUGGAGCAAACAAUUGGUGCUGCCGAAGAAGGUGGUGCAGCGAAUUAGUCAGCUCUGUACUCGGUUCUUUUGGAAAAAUUACGAUUUUUCUACCAAGGGGGCUCAGGAUGGAUCUUCAUUGGUGGCCUGGAGCUAUAAGUAUGUGAUGAAGGGUAGUGAUUUCUGGUUGGUUAGGCCUAAAGUAAGAUGGAGUUGGAUUUGGAAGAGGCUUGUGAAGCUUAGGGUUAGCAUUCCGAACGACAUUCUUUCUGAUUCUGACAGUAUUUGGGGUGCUGUUGGGAACUGCCUACUAGAGAUAGGUUUGUUUCUUUUGGAAGUGUGUGUCAUGUUUGGAGCUGAUCAGGAGACUAGGAAUCAUGUGUUCCUUGAUUUCCCUUUCUCAAGGGAGGUUUGGACUUUGAUCUUGAGAGCUUGUGACCUUGAAAGACAGGUGGUGGACUGGGAGUUUGAACUAAGUUGGGCGUUUCAUCGAUUUAAAGGUAAAUAUGUUCUCUCUGUCUUGUUGAAGUUGACUUGGAAUGCAAUGAAUUAUUUUGUCUGGAGAGAGAGGAACCGUAGAAUAUUCCAAGGAACAAGGUUCUGUGCUGGGGGUUGUUGGCCAAGUGCGGGAUGCUGUUCGUUGGAGGCUAUCUGGGAAAAACAUUAA